CCGGGGAGCUCCCGAACCGCAGGUGAGUCGUUGAGGAGCCUCCAGGGGGCGCCCCGAGGCCGCGGCGGCAGCUGGUUGUGACUGGAAGAGCGUCAGCCCGAGGGUAACCUCCUGAGGCCCCGGUUCCGGUCAGCCGGACUCGCCCCGCCGCCCUCUCCUCUGCCCAUGAGUGUCUCCCAGGCUGCGGCGACCUCGGGCGAGGCGCGGCCCGCAGCAGCUGCAGAGGGCCCACCGCUGGCCAGCGCGCCCACCGGCCGGAGCCUCACCGUCGAUGACUUCGACAUCGGGCGUCCUCUGGGCAAGGGGAAGUUUGGGAACGUGUACCUGGCUCGGCUCAAGCAGAGCCAUUUCAUCGUGGCCCUGAAGGUCCUCUUCAAGUCGCAGCUGGAGAAGGAAGGGAUGGAGCACCAGCUGCGCAGGGAGAUCGAGAUCCAGUCGCAUCUGCAACACCCCAAUAUCCUGCGCCUGUACAACUACUUCCAUGAUGAGCGUCGUGUGUACCUGAUCCUGGAAUACGCGCCCCGGGGCGAGCUCUACAAGGAGCUGCAAAAGAGCCACACGAUCGAUGAGCAGCGUACGGCCACGAUCAUGGAGGAGCUGGCGCACGCUCUGGCCUACUGCCACGAGAACAAGGUGAUCCACAGGGACAUUAAGCCAGAGAACCUGCUUCUGGGGCUGCUGGGGGAGGUGAAGAUCGCGGACUUCGGCUGGUCUGUGCACACCCCCUCGCUGAGGAGGAAGACGAUGUGCGGGACUCUGGAUUACUUGCCCCCAGAAAUGAUCGAGCAGAGGACGUACAGCGAGAUGGUGGACCUGUGGUGCCUGGGCGUGCUCUGCUACGAGCUGCUGGUGGGGAAUCCCCCCUUCGAGAGCUCCUCCUACCACGAGACCUACAAGCGCAUCCUCAAGGUUGAUUUAAAGUUUCCUCCAGCAAUACCUUUGGGGGCCCAGGACUUGAUCAGCAAGCUCCUCAGAUACCAGCCCUCGGAGCGGCUGCCGCUGGCCCAGGUCCUGCAGCACCCGUGGGUGCAGGCCCAUUCUCGGAGGGUGGGGCCUCCACCCGCCCCGUCGGCUUCCUGAGCCCGGCCCGCCCCGGUUCCUGUUCCUGUGUGUUUGUUCAGGGAGCUCUCCUGGCCCCGCUAUCGUAUCUGCCUUUUGUGUCUUCCCUUUUAAAACAUAAGAUGCUAAUUAAUAAAAGAUUAAUCAUUUAUUUUUAAAUUUUUUAUUCAUUUUUGUUUUCUUUCUUUAUCUCUUCACCCGAGGAUAUUUUCCAUUGAUUUUUUUAGAGAGUGGAAAGGACAGGGAGAGACAGAGAGAAACAUCGGUGUGAGAUGUAGGGAGCGGUUAUAGGGUUAAGCCUCGGACUGAGCUGCUGGCAAAGUCGCA